AUGGACUCAGAUACGAGCCGCGUUUCGAGCAGACCUUCCUCUCCGGAGGUGGACGACCUGUUCCUCGCCACCCUGAAGAAGUCAGUGCACGGGUUCUCCGGGGCCGUGUCCUCCACGCAGAGCGAACACCUGUCUGCGCUGGCCGGCCUGCACGGCCUGUCCGAGGACGACGACGACGACUCGCUGUCCCUGCGUCUGUCCAAGAAGGACCGCAAGCUGCUGUCCGAGAACGAGCUGCAGACCAUCCGGCUGAAGAUCAACAGCCGGGAGAGGAAGAGGAUGCACGACCUGAACGUGGCCAUGGACGGGCUGCGGGAGGUCAUGCCCUACGCGCACGGGCCCUCGGUGCGCAAACUCUCCAAGAUAGCGACUCUGCUGCUGGCCAGGAACUACAUCCUGAUGCUGAGCAACUCUCUGGAGGAGAUGAAGCGGCUGGUGAGCGAGAUCUACGGCAGCGGAGGCCAUCACGGCGGCUUCCACCCUGCGGCCUGCGGGGCGCUGCCCGGACACCCGGUGGGUCACCCGGUGGGUCACCCGGUGGGUCACCCGGUGGUCACCCCCGGUGGUCCCCCCGGGGCCGUGCACCACCCGCUGCUCCCCCCGGCCGUCUCCUCCGCCUCCCUGUCCAUGCCCGGCCUGUCCUCCGUCAGCUCCGUCAGACCCCACCACGGACUCCUCAAAGCAGCCGCAGCCGGCGCCGGGCCGCUGGGCAGCAGCUUCCAGCACUGGGGGGUGGGCAGCGGGAUGCCGUGUCCGUGCAGCAUGUGCCAAGGCCCGCCUCCACACGCUGCCCUGCCCAGGCUGGCCGGAGACUCCAAGUGA